AGCAGGACAGCGAUGGGCCACAGCAGAUAUUUACCCCAAACAAACCAAACUACCGGCCGGACUCCGCCGCUAGUGAUGGAUAAACCAUAGUUACCGUGUUUUAACGCUGGUUUCCGGUGUAUUUGUCGGUAGGUUUUGACGGUACGGCGGUAGACUUUAGCUAACUUAGCAGAAUUGUUCUUCCAGCGGGAGGAAGUUUGCGGGCGCGGAGGAAACAGCAGAGGAAACCGGGGAGGGCCGGAGCGCGGCCCCGACAUGGAGGACUCCGGGUCGGCCCUGGAGAAAAAUGUCGCUGACCUCACGGUGAUGGACGUGUACGACAUCGCAGCGGUGGUGGGCCAGGAGUUCGAGCGGAUCAUAGACCAGUACGGCUGCGAGGCUCUGUCCCGGCUCAUGCCCAAAGUGGUGCGGGUCCUGGAGAUCCUGGAGGUGAUGGUGAGCCGCAACUGCAUCAGCCCGGAGACCGAGGAGCUCCGGCUGGAGCUGGACAAGCUGCGGCUGGAGCGGCUGGACCGGCUGGAGAAGGAGAAGAAGCACAGAAAGGAGCUGGAGCUGGUGGAGGACGUGUGGAGAGGAGAAGCUCAGGACCUCCUCACUCAGAUCGCUCAGCUGCAGGAGGAGAACAAGUCCCUCCUCACCAACAUGUCCAUCAAAGACCCCAUGAGUGAGGAGGACCUGCAGAGACACGAGGGUAUGACAGAACGAGAGCGGCAGGUGAUGAAGAAGCUUAAAGAAGUGGUGGACAAGCAGAGAGACGAGAUCCGAGCCAAGGACCGCGAGCUCACGCUGAAAAACGAGGACAUAGAAGCACUCCAGCAGCAGCAGUCUCGUCUGAUGAAGAUCAACCACGACCUGCGGCAUAAGAUCUCGGUGGUGGAGGCUCAGGGGAAAGCUCUGAUCGAACAGAAGGUGGAGCUGGAGGCCGGCGCCCAGGCGCGGGGACAGGAAGUCACCGCUCUCCGGCAGGAAGUCACUCGCUUAAGGGAACGGCUUCAGGGAGAACUUCCUCCACAGAACCCUGAGGAACCCCCACCUCAGCCCCCGUCACCUGCAGAGCGUGUUAAAGCUGCAGCAGGGCUGUUGGGGGCUGAGGGCCCCUCUGAGCUGGUGCUGGGGGGGUCUGACCCGGCCCCGAGGCCCCUGCCUGGGUCCCUCAGCCCAGAGGGCCCCGAGGAGGAGGAGGAGGAGGAGGAGGAAGAGGCCGUGUUGCUCUGGGAGGCGAUGUGCGAUGACGACAUGCCGGCUGUGUUCCAAUAUUUCACCAAGGAGGCGCUGUGUGAGGAGGAGUCAGGAGGUCUGGACCCGAAGGACCCCAACCGGCCCCGCUUCACCCUGCAGGAGCUGAGGGACGUCCUCCACGAGAGGAACGAGCUCAAGGCCAAAGUGUUCCUCCUGCAGGAGGAGCUGGCCUACUACAAGAGCGAUGAGACAGAAGAUGAGAUGGUAACUCCUUCUCCGUCUCCUUCCCCUGAACUGAGGAGUCGUUCCCGCUCUUCUGCCCAGCCGGAGUCGGGAAUCAAACGCCUGUUUAGUUUCUUCUCGCGGGACAAGCUGCGCGGCUCGCAGCGCCAGCUGGACGACGGCGGCGGCGGCGGCCUCGGCCCGUGGACGGGGAAGGACGCGGUGUACACGGAGCAAGCCCAGGAGGCCUUACAGCACAUGUAGAGUCACGGGGACACUGAAAGAACUCUUUAACUCUCCAUGUCCAUCACAGCGAGGCCCGGCCCGGCCCGGCGCCACCAGCUCCCACCGCACGCCAAAACACCAAAACACCACUAGAGACUCCCGCCGCUCUGAAAGAAUCCUGACUGAGGUGAGGAGGAGAGAACCAGGCUGCAGCUUAGAGAGACUUAGUUUAUUUAAAUACCUGAGGAUACUUUAUAUAUAUAUAUAUAUAUAUAUAUAUAUACUGUAUAUCUCAGUGGUUGAUGGCACAUACUGACUUUAGAGAAGAAAGAAGAAGAAGAAGAGGGGACGGUAAACUCAAGUUGUUGGGUGGAAAGUGGAAAGUUGGUGAUUUGAGGGUGGAAAUGAAAGUUUGGGACACAAAAAUGUGCUUCACCAACUCUGAUGUGGCAGCGUUUGAUAUUCAAUGAAACAUGAAUAGUCUAGACGGAUUUCAGAAUAAAAGCCUCCUAUAAGAAGUGAGGAGCAUUUAUGGGUACAAGUCAGGAACCGGCCUACCUUACAUAUCUCAAGGGUGCUGAGUCCAAAAAAAAUGGUUCCCAAGUGAAAUUUUGAGUUUUUGA